GUUAUGAAAACUGACAAUGGCAGCCCGUUUAACUCCAAUUCAUUCGCGCACUUCGCAUUCUACAGCGGCUUCACCCACCGACAAAUAACUCCACGUUGGCCCAGACCCAACGCUCAGGCUGAAUCUUUUAAUAAAUCACUGAUGAAAGCUGCGAGAGCAGCAACUGUUGAAAUAAAGUGCUGGAAGCAAAAUCUCCACAAAUUUUUAUGUCAGUAUCGUGCAACCCUGCAUCCAUCUACAGGAUUUAGCCCAUAUCAUCUUAUGUUCGGUUGUGCAUCUCAAACAAGAUUACCACCUCCACCGAAGAGACCGAAACUGAACACGAGGCAAGCCGAAAUAAAAACCGAGCCAAGACAAACAUAA